CAUGCAUAUUUGAACAUGCAUCGGGGGCGACCAUUUGGACUUCCACUUUUUCGCAGGUUACCUCACGUGCGCUAGACGUGUUGGAAGCCUUGGAAAAGGACGCUAAAGUUUUUGCCUCGUGGGGGAUAGACUUCCUGAAAUACGACAAUUGUCAUAAUGACGGCUCGCCCGAGAAUAAACGAUAUAUGGCAAGUGGAUGGAACGAUCCCGAUAUGCUGCAAGUCGGUAAUGGGGAUCUCACUGUGGAUGAACAAAAGAGUCACUUUGCUCUUUGGGCUGCAUUAAAAGCACCACUUUUGCUAGGGUUUGAUAUCAGGAAUCCUCCAAAGGACACAUUGGAAAUAGUGCUAAAUCCUGAGAUCAUUGCAAUCAAUCAAGAUCCCUUGGGAAAAUCCGUACACAUAGCUCAAAGCUCCAGAUUUUUUGACGUCUGGACCGGACCUUUGACUGAUGGUUAUGUUGCGCUUCUGUUCAAUCGAGCGGAAACCGCGACAACAAUCACUCUAGACUUCGCAUACCACUGCAAACUGGAAGGCGAGAUUCACAUUAGAGAUCUUUGGGAAAGAGCGGAUAAAGGAAAGUUUACGAAAAGUUUUUCAUCAAAGAUUCCAAAACAUGGAAUAAUGAUAUUGAAGCUUACUGGCGGCAUUCCAAUAGGAACUCAGAAUCUUGGUCCCGCAAAUAACCACAAGACCAUCAUUAAACACUCCACCAUUGCAAUCCUGAACCGACUGAAAACCAAAUGCCCUCACCCAUCGUAUCGCGAGCUUUCAUAUUCGGAAGAACUUCGGGGAGAUGAUGACUAUGGAUGGAUUUUAGGUUGCACACUGGCGAUGAUUGUCUUAUGCGUGGACCUUCACCAUAUGAUUUUCUGGCAUCCGAACGCAUAUCAAACAAGCGAAUCCGACCAUCCCGGCACCCGGCAUAAAUUACUGAUGGCUGUUGGAUAG